CCAUUUCGCUUUCCAAGUUGUAUCCCAGAAACUUCUUCUUUACUUUACCACCUUCAAUAGUCUUUUACCUAAGGAAGAAGUAACGAAAAUUUAGCGACUUGAAUACCUUCACUGUUCAAGUAAAAGAAUACACUAAUUAUUUUAUUUUAUUUUCGGCUUUCUCGCAUAUCAACCAUUUGAAUGAAUCAGGCAGGUCAAAUUAUUCCGUUUACAACAUCUGGCUCCCUGGUGGAUUAUGUUGACCGGAAAGUGAUAGUGGUUCUACGAGAUGGUAAAAAACUAAUUGGCAUUCUCCGGUCCUUUGACCAAUUUGCCAAUCUUAUGCUCCAGUACACUAUUGAAAGGAUUUAUGUUGAUGAUAUGUAUGGUGACAUUGAUCGAGGUGUUUAUAUUGUGCGAGGUGAAAAUGUUGUAUUACUAGGAGAAUUGGAUUUGGACAAAGAAUAUGAAAUGGAAAAGGGAUUACGCCGUGUUCCAGCAGAACAUCUGUAUCCAUUAUCGAAACAACGUUCUGAUGAUAAGCGGAAAACUCUUCGGGAAAAAACCAAAAAACUGAACACCGUUGGUUUCAGCGUCGAUUUUGGACAUGAUGAUUUGUACUAAAAAUUACAAAUGUGUACCUUCAUUUUAUGUAGCUAACUAUAAUAUUUCACUUCUUUGGUCUUUUCAAUCUACUUUCUGUAUCGUUUAUUACUUACAUUUUGAAAGAAUGAAAAUCUGUAAGGUUUUGAAUGAUAACUAGAUUGAAUCAAUGAACGAAUUAUGAAUGUCUCUUCCGAUUCAUAUAUAAUAAUUAUUAUUAUUAUUAUUUGAACGCAUGAAGUAUAAAGUAACUCAGAAAGAAUUAGCAGAAUUUGUC